GACGAGGAGGCGACAAUAAACGUGCCUGACGAUGGCUCAGCUCAUGGGCGUGUUCUUACACGUUGGUGUUGUCCUUCUCAUAGCGCCCUCUUGUGGAAGUCAGAAAACAGAUAAAUCUCCCCAUCAGUCGGUCACAGUAAUGUUGGGUGAAGAUGUAGUGUUGCCCUGUCAGCUGGAUCCUCCUGUGGAUGCUGUUUCCAUGACACUGGAGUGGGGGAGGUCUGACCUUGUACCCAGAUUUGUCCUUGUUUGGCACAAUGGCAAGGAACUUCCAGAUAACCAAAACAAGGCCUACAAAGGCAGAGCGUCACUGUCUGUGGACAAACUGAAGCUUGGAGACCUCCAACUGACUCUGACUAAAGCCAGGAUCUCUGAUAACGGGACCUACAGAUGCUCCAUUCCAACGAUGAAGAAAGAAAUGUUUGUUGAUCUGACUGUUGGUGCUGCCUCUCCACCUAGCGUUAGCUUAGCAGGCAUGGAUAAGGCCAACCAUGGAGUGAUGUUGGACUGUGAGUCUAAAGGCUGGUACCCACAGCCUGAGCUGAUGUGGCUGGAUGCUGAGGGACAUCUCCUUUCUGCUGGAGCUCCAGGAUCAGUCAAAGGUCCUGAUGAUCUCUAUACUAUCAGCAGCAGAGUGACUGUGAAGAAGACAGCCAGCAACAACUUCACCUGUAAACUCCAACAGAGGAACAUCAACCAGACCAGAGAGAGAAGCUUCCAUGUUCCAGAUGAUUUCUUCCUGGUUCCCGGUUGUUCCUCUUCUAUAGCCAUCAGUGUGGUGUUUGGCCUCAUAAUUAUCUUCAUAUGUGUCUUCAUGGCCUGGAAACUGAGAAAUAAACUAAAAGGAAAGAAGAACAAAAAUGAAGACAGAGAAGGAACACAGCUCAUGAUGGAGGGCAAGAAAGUGGAUAAUUCAGAAAAUAAGUUAAAGCUUUUAGAGGAGUCACUGAGAAAAGAGUUCAAAGAGACACUGAUGGGACUGCAUAAAGAGCUGAAGCAGCAAAAAGAUGAUCUCACCUUAAAGAAGAAGGAGGCUGAGAGUGUGGUUGAGGAACAUGAGAGAAAGGUUAAAUCAGUGGAGAAAGAAGUUUCUGAGGAGAAGGGAGAUUUAAAAGAAAAGAAAGCACAGGUGUAUUUAAAACUCAAAGAGAUCUGUAGGGAGGCCGGCUGGAGCCAUGAGAACAGAAAGAAAGACUUUCAACAACUGGAGAUGGACACAGACAAACUGAUGACAAUGAUGAUGGAUGCUGUAAAGAAGAUGGAGAACAACACAGAGCAACCUAAGGAAGAAAUGUGAAUGAUGGUGUGUUUGAUGUACAUUUACAUGUUUGAACAUAUUGAUAUGUUCGGUUGGGGGGGGGGCUGAAAAUAUUUUAAACCUGUCAAAGGGGGGCCCGACAGAAAAAGCUUGGGUACCACUGCAAUAACUGAUGGAUGCAUGGUGUGACAAAAAGCAAUGAUGAAGAACAAAGUAAAGAGCCACAUGGAGAAAAUAUAGAAAAAUGGAGGACAUGAUAAAUGAGGGAGAGGAGCUAAAAUAAAAAUAGAACAGAAUAAAUGAUGGGACAAAACAGUACAGAAGAUGCGUAAAACAUUUUUUUGAUAAAUAAUAAUCUCUUGAUAAUUUACUGAACACACAGAACCAGUUUAACAUCAAAGUGACCUACUAUGCAUGUUAAUUGUGUUUAAUUAAGAAAGUUCAAUAAACCAGUGAAAGUGUAAUUAACAUCAUUCUGCUGUACUUUGAUGUAACCAGAAUAGUAUGACAUGGAUAAUAUCACAAGUUAAAAAUAAA